CAUGUUUAUUACAACUAAAAUAUUAUAAUAUUACAUUGAAUUACUGAUUACAUUCACGACGUAAUAUGAUCGCUUCCAUUUGUGUAUGAUACAACUUAAUGAGCUGUGAGUGUUGCGAAAGUAUCGAGUAAAGGAGAUUAAAACCUGACCUACAAAAGUAGUUAGCAGUCACUAGUCAAUAUUGUAUAUUACUAUCUAACGGAACAAAUAGUUUCUAAAAAGGCAAUAUGAUGUCAAGUCAAUCAAAACCUUAUGAAAAGAAAAGUGAAGUGAUCGAUUUGAGAAGCGACACAGUAACGAAACCAGAUGUCCAUAUGCGCCAAGCAAUGUUCGAUGCCGAAGUCGGUGAUGACGGUUAUGGCGAGGAUCCCACCAUAAAUCUUUUGGAAGAAAAAUCUUCAAAAUUAUUUGAAAAGGAAGCGGCAAUAUUUUUACCAAGUGGACUCAUGGGAAAUUUGAUUGCAAUGAUGAUUCAUUCAAAACAACGAGGAGGUGAAGUAAUAGUCGGUCAUAAAAGUCAUAUUUUGCUGUGGGAACAAGGUGGAGCUUCACAGAUUGCUGGGCUGCAAAUGCGUGAAGUUAAAAAUUUGGACGAUGGUACACUGGAUAUGACAGAGUUACUUGGAAAAAUACGACCGGAGUUCCCAGACCCUCACGAACCAUAUACUACAUUAGUGUGCAUUGAAAACACUCACAACUAUUGUGGUGGUACUGUAUUGCCUAUCGAAUGGAUUGAUCAGUUGGGAAAACUCACCAAAGAACGAAAUAUACCUUUGCAUAUGGAUGGAGCUAGAGUGUUUAACGCAGCUGUGAGUCUAGGAGUUCCAGUAAGCCGAAUAGUGAAGCAUUGCGAUUCCGUGACAUUUUGCUUGAGCAAAGGUCUCGGUGCACCAGUCGGUUCCAUCUUAAUUGGUGACAAAUUGUUUAUUGAAAAGGCUAGAAGAUUGAGGAAGGUUUUGGGCGGUGCUAUGCGACAAGCCGGGAUCGUGGCUGCGGCGGGACUAUACGCGUUGGAAAAUUGCGUGGAAAGGCUGGCCGACGAUCAUCAAAACGCAAAGAAAAUUGCUUACGCAAUUCAAAGGAUGGCAAGUCCAUACGUGACCGUCAACCCAGAUGCACUCGACUCAAACAUACUUUUGGUGAAUAUCAACUCAACUGUAGUUGACGCUAAAUACUUCGUUUCCGAGCUCAUAAAGAUAGACCCUGAUGAAAACGACAGUAAGUCGAACAACAAGAUACGAUCGACGGCAGUGAGGAUAGCACAGAUAAACGAUGCAAGAGUGAGAAUCGUGACACAUAAGAACAUCACCGACGAAGACGUGGACAUGGCUAUUGAAAAGAUUAAGUACGUCAUUGAAAAAAUCAACACGUGCUGUUACUGAUAAUUCGUCCUCGAUUAUUAAAAUGUAUUUUGUAUAUACUUUUUUUUUUUAUAAAUAAAUAUAUAUAUAUAUUUUAAUACCCUA